UGAAAGUCAGUGUAGGAGGCUGUAGUCAGCAGCAACUAACAAUAUCUGCACUAGGUGAAGUUAUCGCACAGUGUAGAUUGUAGGCACUCAGCUUCACAGGGCAAGCAGAGACACGCCUAUACUUUGGAAAAAUCCAGGUUGGAGAUAUUUGUGGCAGGGGAAGGAGCAGGCGGUGUGAGGUAAUGCAGCGGGUCACGGCGCAGCUCGUCGCCGGGCUGGUCGCAGCGGUGCUGUCGCUGCUGUCCGAGCAGUCCUGGGCAGAUGGUGGGGGGCCCAGCCUCUCUGAACGGGUUAUCUGGGCUGUAAAUGCCGGGGGCGACGCGCAUGUAGAUGUGCACGGUAUUCACUACAAAAAGGACCCACUGGAAGGGAAAGUUGGUAAAGCGUCUAAUUAUGGGAUGCGUCUGCCAAUACUACGGUCCAAUCAGGAGGACCAGAUUUUGUACCAGACAGAGCGCUACAAUGAAGACAGCUUUGGAUAUGACGUCCCCAUUCGUGAAGAAGGAGAGUAUAUACUGGUUAUGAAGUAUGCAGAAGUUUACUUUGCUCAGUCACAGCAAAAGGUGUUUGAUGUUCGUCUAAAUGGCCACGUGGUGGUGAAGGACCUGGAUAUCUUUGAUCGAGUAGGACACAGUACUGCUCAUGAUGAGAUCGUGCCCUUCUCUAUUAGACGGGGCAAGCUGAGCGUGCAGGGAGAGGUGUCCACUUUCAAUGGCAAGCUCACUGUGGAGUUUGUAAAGGGUUAUUAUGACAACCCCAAGAUCUGCGCUCUCUACGUGAUGAAGGGGACAUUAGAAGAUGUACCAAAGCUUCAACCUCACCCUGGCUUAGAGAAGCCUGAGGACGACGACGACGACGAUGAUGAGGGUGAAGUAGGCGAGGAAGGUGGGAAGAAAAAGCCCCCAAAAGGUACCCAUCACAGGGUCCAGUCAGGCCCCCGAACACCAAACCCAUACGCAGCUGACAACAGCAGCCUAAUGUUUCCCAUCCUCGUUGCGUUUGGGGUGUUCAUCCCAACACUGUUCUGCCUCUGCCGGCUGUGAGCUAAAACUAUCGGCGGAGGAGACAUCGGGUGGACGAGACAGAC